GCGGCGGCUCGGGGGGUGCUGGGGGCCGCCCUGCUGGUGCUGGAGGCGCUGCCCCCGGUGGAGCGCGCGGUGCCGCCCGAGGAGCUGCGGCUGUACCACGAACCCUUCCUGGAGGCCGAGCACGUCCCCACCCUGCCCAUGUUCUUCAUCGCCUUCCUGUCGCCGCUGCUGCUCAUCGGCCUGGCGAGGCUGCUGCUGGGCGCUGACCACGAAGACACGCGGGAGGCCUGCCUGGCUGCCAGCCUUGCUCUCGUCCUCAACGGGGUCCUCACCAACACCCUGAAGCUUGUGGUGGGCAGGCCGCGGCCGGAUUUCUUCCAUCGAUGCUUCCCGGACGGACAAGUGAACGCAGAGCUGGUGUGCACGGGUGACCCCAGCAUCGUGGCUGAGGGACGCAAAAGCUUCCCCAGCGGCCACGCUUCUUUUGCCUUCGCUGGUCUCGCCUUCUGUGCCUUCUACCUGGCCGGGAAGCUGCACUGCUUUGCCCCCGGGCAGCGUGGCACAGCUCUGCGGCUCUGCGCCUUCCUCCUCCCCCUGUUCCUCGCCACCCUCAUCGCCUUGUCCCGCAUCUGCGACCACAAGCACCACUGGCAAGAUGUGCUGGUUGGCUCGGUGAUCGGCUUCGUGCUUGCGUACCUCUGCUACAGGCAGUAUUACCCUCCUCUGACGGACUCCAUGUGCCACAAACCAUCUCUGUCUAAAUCCAAGCAGCUGCCAGCGCACCAAGAAAAGGCUGCGGCUGCCGGCUUUCACCUGGACGUCUAACGCUGGGCUCUGUCCUGCUGGCACCUUCGGGAGGCUGGAGGAGGUUGGUCCUGGCCCACAGGAAUUGUCUCAAAGGGGGAUGAGCCUGAAACCCAAACGGGAACUCUGCUCUGCAGCGUUGGUAAGUUGUGCUGUCCAGGGGCCUGUGUUUAGUUUCUGUGAGUUUUGUAGGUGUCCCUUCCUCUGGACCCGAUGGAAGGCGAGGUUGGCAGCCUGUGUCAGCAGGACAGCCUGGCUGCGGAAGGUCCUGAAGCUGGAACCCGGAGCAGUGGGACUGUGCCGUGCCCUCUGGGGCUGUUCCUGGGCCAGACAGCUCGGGCAGAUAUCCCCCUUCCACCCACCCUGUCCCACUCCUCCUCACGGGAACUGUCCUAACGAGUGCAGGGCCUGUUUGGUGCCGGGGUGAUGUGCGUCUUCCCAGUCAGAGCUGAACUAAUUUAGAGUGAUAAGUGCAAGGCUGCAGCCUUUAACCACGGCUUAAGUGCAGGAGAGAGAAGAUGCAACGAGCGUGAUUGUUCUGUGCAUUAUUGUGCUACCCUGGUUUUUGGUUUUUGUUUUUUCUCCAAUUUGGUGAAUAAAUGAGUUUAAUUUUUCAAAUGA